CAGUAUGCAAGUGUGCAUUUUAUAUAGCUCAUUAUACAUUUACAGUUCAAUGCAUGUUGACCGCUAUCAUCCGAAAUAGGUUUUUGUAGGUGCUUCCGAGGCGCUGAUGUUUAGUGCCGUUUUAAUACUUCAAGACAUGGCCAUGAAAACUUGGACGUCGGGUACACAGUGUGUUGCCAAAAAGGAGUAUUGCAAACCUAAAUUCGGUGAAAUACCAUAUCAGAAAGCAGAUGUCCUAACAAUCGUGGGGCCAGGAAUGAGGAAAGGAGAGUACAGAGUGAGACAUAACAAAACCGGAGAAGAAGGAUUGGUCUUGGGUUCGAACCUCAGAGAGAGGGAGGCCCUCCGUAUAGACACGAAACUCAGUUUAAUGCCCUGGUUUCAUGGAAAGAUCUCAGGACAACAGGCGGUCAGUAAACUCAGGCCCAUGGAAGACGGUCUAUUCCUAGUUCGAGAGUCCAUUCGGCACCCUGGUGAUUUCGUACUCUGCGUUUGCUUCAAACAGCAAGUCUAUCACUACCGAGUCAUCUUCCAAAACAGCAAACUGACCAUUGACAACAAAGAGUUCUUCUACAACCUCAUCGACAUGAUAGAGUUUUACAGCAGAAAUAAAAGUGCCAUCGCUACGAUUCUGCAAAAACCCAAAAAGAAAGAGGGCGCAAAAUCUGCCGAGACAGAACUAUUAAAAUCCGGUUGGUUACUGGAUCUCUCAAAGUUGACUUUAGGAGAGGCCAUUGGAGAGGGGGAGUUUGGUGCUGUAUUUGAGGGCGAGUAUGCAGGCCGGAGGGUCGCCAUUAAAAACAUUAAAUGUGAUGUAACUGCUCAGGCCUUCCUCGAAGAGACAUCGGUUAUGACAAAUCUCCAUCAUAAAAAUCUUGUACCGUUAUUAGGUGUGAUUCUUCACAAUGGACUUUACAUCAUAACAGAACUCAUGACAAAGGGGAAUCUGGUGAAUUUUCUUCGCUCACGUGGACGUUUUGCUGUCAGUUCGACUCAGCUGUUGCGCUUUGCAUUAGAUGUUUGUGAAGGUAUGGAACACCUGGAAUCAAAGAAGCUUCUCCACAGAGAUCUUGCCGGACGAAAUAUUCUUGUUUCUGAGGAUGUUGUUGCCAAAGUCAGUGAUUUCGGUCUGGCGAAGAUCAGCUCCAAGGCAACAGACAACUCCAAGUUACCCGUCAAGUGGACGGCACCUGAAGCUUUAAAGAACAAGAAAUUCUCCACUCAUUCAGACGUCUGGAGUUAUGGAGUUCUUCUGUGGGAAAUCUUUUCAUAUGGCAGGCAGCCGUACCCCAAGAUGUCGGUGAGUGAAGUGAGGGAGCGUGUGGAUCAGGGUUACCGUAUGGAGCCGCCCGAUGAAUGUCCACCUGACAUCUACAUCAUCAUGAUAUCCUGCUGGAACACAGAACCCAAGAAGAGACCGUCAUUCCACAAACUCCGAGACAGACUCGAGAAAGAGCUCGCGAAAAGUGACCCAUGAUGUACAGUGCUUUGUGUAAAUGAUUGCGGUUUAAGUUCAUGAGGUUUACCUUUUUAAGAUGGCAAAGUUCAUAUUGAAUUGCACGUCUUCGCAUGUGUAUAAUGUAGUUUUAUUUCGUUUCAAUCGCACUGUAAAUGUACAUUUAUUUACUUUAUUUAAUUGUUGAAAAAAGGUCAAUAGACUGUUUCGCAAUAUAUGUCCAGGUCACAUUUUACCACAAAAUAAUAAUAAUAAAAUAACAGUAUUUUUCAUGGAUAAUUAAAAGGUUAAUUCACCCACAAAUGAAAAUUCUGUCAUUAAAUUGACCUUAGUUGUAAUGAAAAUUAUGACAAUGCAAAAAAAUUAUUAUACAAUUGAUGGACCUAAAAUUGGCUUAAUUAAGCAAAAAAAAAUAUUUUUUUUGCUUUAUUCACUGUGAUUUUGGGGUGAUAUGUGACCCGGACAUGUUCUUGACAGAGUAAAUUAUACAUAAUGAAAUCACGGAAACGGAUGAUUGGAAAUAAUGGGAUAUAUAUUGAAUAUCGCUUAUAACGCUAAUGUUUUACAUGCAAUUUCAAAUAUAUUUAUUGUUUGUUUUGUGCUGUAAUUUUCCUGCAACUCAAAGCUUAACUCGGAAAGUCUUGAAUGUUAUUGCUGAUAUGAUUCCCAUUGCUGACGCACAGCGGUUCCGCAGCCGUACUGGUGGAAAGCGGCUAUUAUUUCAUCCAUUUCCAUCCAUCCAUUCACUAUAGCAUCCACUUACUGGAGUAUCUUAUUUGAUCUGGUUUACAUUAAAAUUUCUACAUUUUACCAUUCAUUUGCAUUAUGCAUCAUACAUUUAUAAAACCUUAGUACAGUAAAAACCUACACUUAUAUAAGUUGAAACAUGAAGAAAAUAUGAGAAUGUGACUUAUAUUGGAGGCAGAUUGUCGCCAUCUGGUGAACAAAAUAUAAAUAACAUGAGUUGAACAUCAUGUCAUGACAAGAAUAGCCAGUAGAUGGCAGCAGUGUUCAAGACUGUAGUCUGAUGACUUGUAACAUAAUUUUAUUUUUAUGCAUUUGGAUAUAUAUAUAUAUUUAGACAUUAUCAAACUAUUAUUUGUGAAAGUUUCGCAUUUUAACAUUUGAUUGAAAUCGAAAUAAACUGCAAAAUUGUGAAAAUUCAAUUUGAGAAUAAAACAGAUGAAUCACAGUAAACUUGCCAUUUCAAACUUUCUAUAGUAAACAUUUAUUUUGCAAACAUUUUCAAGUCAAUAAGAUAAACGGCAAUAAUGUACAACAAUAAAUGCAUAAAAAAGAACAAACAGUAAACGAUAAAAAACAGUAAGAACAGAAAACAAUGAUGCUUUCUGCCUCAUGGCUGUUUUAGUCUCACCCAUCUCUCUCUCUCUCUCUCUCUCUCUCUCUCUCUCUUUGUGUUUGUUAUUGUCUCAGCCCCUCAUUUCUGAGUGUGUCUUUAGCAUUGUGGCUGAUGUAUUGGUUUUAUUUAAC